AUGCCCGCUGCCAAGACUGGAAGGGAUAGUAGUAGUAGUGCGGCAGUAAUUAGGAUUGAUCAUACAAGUAGUGGUGUUGGGUAUUGUGCCGACGACCAACCUUGGCUAAAUGUCAUGUCAGGUGUCCCUGAAAGGAUGAGACAGUAUGAAACACCUGCUAAGUGUAAAGAGAAAAUAGCUAGGUCUACAGAAGCUCCGGCAUGGGCUAAAUUUCUGGCUAAUGGAGGGUAUACGGUCCAUCCUGUGCCAGCCCCUCUCUCUACUGUAGAAGAUGCUAAUAAUAGUAGGAAUGAUGGUGGUAGAGGUCAGAAGCUUAUGUUAUUUAUUCGCAGUGAUGUCAUAUCAGGUGCUCCAAUUAUUAGUGGGACUAGUCAGUUGCCGAACCCACCCAGUAAGAUUGGCAUAACCAUGAAGAAGAUUAUUAUGAAAGCGUUGAAUGGAGCCCGGUUUGUUUCUGCUAGAGUUGAAAUAAACCACAUUAUGGCUUGUGGUCAUGAUGAGAAUAGGAGUCAGGUGUAUUCUUGGGUGAUCAUCAGGUUUGAUAGUGAAAAGGAUCCGCUUACUAGUAGAACUGAUAAUAGAAUUAUAACUAGUGUUACUUCGUUUGAAAUGGUUUGUGCUACUGCUCGUAGGGCGCCGAUUAAUGCGUAUUUUGAGUUGGAGGUUCAACCUGAUCAUAGAAUGGAGUACAUGGCUAGGCUUGAUACUGCUAAUAUAAACAGUAUUGCUAAGUUCAUGUGGUAUGGUAUUGGUAGUGGAAUUCAUAUGGUUAGUGCUAAUGUUAGGGCUAGGAUUGGGGCGAUAAUAAACAUGGAGAUUGGUGAGGGUAUUCUCACUGGUGUGCAGAGACUUGCAUGUGUAAUUUCACUGACAGCUGUGGCCAAGCCUUUCAUCACCAACCACAAUGAGCUGGAUAUGAAUUUGUACAUGAGAAUUGCCCUAGAGCUCUACCAUGAGAUGCUGGUGGGUGGCAUCGACCAGUUUCAUGAAAUUGGAUGCCUGUUGCAGAAUGAAGGAAUUGAUUUGACUCACAAUCCUGAGUUCACCACCUGUGAAUUCUACAUGGCCUAUGCAGACUAUCACGAUGUCAUGGAAAUCACAGAGAAGAUGAUCUCAGGUAUGGUGAAGCACAUUACAGGUUGUUACAAGGUCACCUACAACCCAGAUGGCCCAGAAGGCCCAGCCAUUGACUUUACCCUACCCUUCUGGAGAAACAGCAUGGUAGAAGAGCUUGUGAAAGCACUGGGUGUGAAACUGCCAGAAACACGCCUUUUUGAAACUGAAGAAACUCUGAAAAUUCUUGAUAAUAUCUGUGUUGCAAAAGGUGUUGAAUGCUCACCACCUCGCACCACAGCCAGACUCCUUGAUAAGCUCAUCGGGGAGUUCCUGGAAGUGAAUUGCAUCAAUCCUACGUUUAUCUGUGAUCACCCUCAGAUAAUGAGCCCGUUGGCCAAAUGGCACCAUUCUAAAGAGGGUUUGACCAAGAGGUUUGAGCUGUUUGUCAUGAAGAAGGAAAUAGGUGAUGCCUACACUGAGCUGAAUGACCCAGUGCAGCAAUGCUAGCGUUUUGAAGAACAAGCCAAGGCCAAGGCUGCUGGCAAUGAUGAGGCCAUGGUCAUAGAUGAAACCUUCUGCACUGCCCUGGAAUACGGGCUGCCCCCCACAGCUGGCUGGGGCAUGGGCAUCAACUGCCUCACCAUAUUUCUCACAGACUCCACUGACAUAAAGGAAGUACUUCUGUUUCCUGCCAUGAAACCAGAAGACAAGAAGGAGAACGUAGCAGCUCCCAGGUCAUCUGAAAGUCCCAGCGCCGGCACGUCUGGCUAG